AUGAGUCGCGCAAAUCAGGGGCCCUACCUGGGCCAGGGACAGGAUGCCUAUGCUCAGUACGUGCAGUAUGACACGACCUCGUCCAACGCCAUGACGCGUUACGAAAACCCCAACGAGCCGGGCUAUGGGUACUCGCAGGCGAACUUUCCCCGUCAGCACGGCACCUACAACCCCGAGCGUUCGGCUAUGGCAAACUACGCGGUGACCGGUGAGCAGCCGGGCGAGUACUACGACCGCGCCCAGCACGCGCCGCAGACGGCGACGACCUACCAGUCCUCGCCGAGCCACACGGCUCAGCAGUACGGCUACACGCAGGGCGCGUCGGAGAGCGCGCAGCCGCGUAGCACGUUUGAGGACAACUCGGUGGUGUACUCCUCGCAGCAGCCUGCGCAGUCGACCAGGGCGAACUACGCCCCGGCUGCUGGCCAGAACGCCGCUGCGGCCGGCUCGCGUACGCACUUGGCGUCUGGCCAGGGCGAGAAGAGCUCGGCGUACGCCGGCCUGCCCGCCUCGCAGCAGCAGCCCAAGAAGAAGUCCAAGUGGUGGCUGUGGCUCCUGCUGGCCAUCAUCGCCAUUUGUGUGAUUCUCGCGGCGGUGUUGGGUGGUGUGCUCGGUAGCCGUGCGGCCAAGAACGACGGCGGCGGCGGCGGCGGCGGCAAGUCGUCGGCGAGCGGUGUUGGUCUCGGAUCUCCGCAGAACAACCUGUCGCCCGCGUUCCCCAAGGACGUCACCGACGCGGCCAACAAGGCCGCUGAGAGCGGCAAGGGCGACAAGCUCGGCUACACUGGUACUGAUGUGUACAGCAACCCCGUGUUUACGUCGGAUGCCAACACGGGCGCGCCGUCGGUGAGCGGCUCGGUGGGUAACUGCUCGGAGGACCCGUGGAAGUCGACCGGCAACGUCAACAACCUGCGUCCCAACCACCCUCGUCUGAUUGCCCCGCAGUACCAGUGGGACUGCCUGCCCUCCAAGAUCCACAACGAUGCUUACCUCACUGCGUGGAACGCUACCAUCUUCCAGAACGCGUCGGCGUUUGCCGACCAGAAGCCGGUGACGUACGACGUUGACGGUGGUCUCGACCUCUCGGGUAUUCUCGACGUGGCGCGCAUUGUGCAGCAGCGCAUCAAGGCGUGGGCCUAUGUGUACCGUCUCACUGGCGACAAGAAGUGGAGCAAGCGCGCCAUGGAGGAGCUCAAGACGGCCGCGGGCAAUACCUCGCAGCCGUUUGGCGACGCGAGCACGCGCUGGGACCCCCAGCACUUUUUGGACACGGCUGAGAUGUCGGCUGCGUACGCAUUUGCCUUUGACUGGAUGUACGACGCGUGGACGAACGAGGAGCGUGCCAACAUCAUCGACUGGAUCGUCACCUACGGCAUCAACCCCGGUCUGCAGCUGUACAACACCAACCAGGCGUGGUGGUCGAACAAGGACAGUGGUAACGGUAACUGGAACUGUGUGAGCAACGGCGGUCUGAUCUUUGCCGCGCUCGCCAUCCAGGGCGACGCGCAGGGCGCGGACGCCGACUCGGUUGGCCAGAUCCUGCAAAAGGCGCUGCCGAACGUCAAGUCGAACUGCAUGCGCGGUGUGUACGAGGACGGCACCUGGAGCGAGACACCCAACUACUGGUACUUUGGCACGAACGCCCAGGCGCGUCUUCUCUCUGCGCUCGAGACGGCGACGGGUAACGACCAGGGCCUUAUGGACCAGAACAAGAACUGGUACAAGACGGGUGACUUCCACAUGUACGUGACCGGCAACGCGGGUAUGUUUGCCUACGGCGACAACGGUCCGAACAAGUUUGCGACGACCGCCAACCAAAUGUUCCUGUACGCGCAGAAGUCGAACAACCCCCGCUACGCCCUCUUCCAGCGCGACCGCGCGGACGCGGCGUCGGACCCGCUCAGCAUGUUCUGGUACGACCCGGCGACCAAGGGUGCGUUCUGGAACGGCCUCGCGCUCGACAAGUUCUUUGACAACUCCAAGGGCAGCUGGGCGUCGAUGCGCAGCUCGUGGACCGACCUGACCGGCAACUAUGUCGCGAUCAAGGCUUCUAACGCGACGGGCCACCAGACGCACGGCGACCUGGACGCGGGUGACUUUGUCAUCGACGCGCUCGGCACGCGCUGGGCGGGCGAGUACGGUAGCGACAACUACCUGUCCAAGAACUACUUCUCGAAGGAGACGGACGACUCGGACCGCUGGAAGUACUUCCGCAAGGGUUCACAGGGCCAGAACACGCUCGUGAUCGGCAACCAGAACCAGGUCUCGAGCUGCAAGCCGGUCAACAAGCUCGAGUCGAGCGGCGCGAAGCAGGACGGCACGCUGGACUACACGCCCGGCAAGAACGACAUUGCCUACUUCAUUACCGACCUGAGCACCUGCUACUCGGCGGCCGCCAACGCGGUCCGCCGCGGUAUCCGCUUCCUGAACGGCCGUCGCCAGAUCCUGGUGCAGGACGAGAUCAAGGCACAGAACAAGCCGGUGCAGUGGCGCGUGCAAACCAACGCCACGGUGUCCCUGUCGCAGGACAAGCGCACGGCCACCAUGAAGAUCUCCAAGGUGAUCAACCCCAACGCGGGUACGAGCGGCACGCAGAAGCUGCCCAAGGAGGUGACGAUGGUGGCUACCAUCCUCCAGCCCCAGUCGGUGACGUUUGCGUCGAACCCUGCGUACUCCAACGACUCGCCUAACUACCUCUACGGCAAGAACAACGUGCCGCAGCAGGACACCUUUGAUGCGGGCGUGAUCCAAAAGCAGGGCUCUCAGAUCCCCGCGGAGAUUAUCGAUGACGAGGUAACGGUCCUGUCGAUCGACCUGCCCCAGAACCAGGACACGAACCUGCAGGUCGUCUGGCAGCCGCAGUACAGCUCCCUCACGGACGCGGAUAAGGCCACGCCGAAGAACGUGCCCCUGGACAACUGGUCCCUGACCAGCCACUAA